UCUGAAAUGAGAAAUGAAGGGAAAAAUAUAACCUAAUUUAAUUAUAAAUGUUGGUAAACAUAGUAAACAAAAAUACUAAUCUUUUUAGUGCAUACUUAGAUAAUUGCAUUAGAUAAGAAUGUCAGAAGAAAUUAGAAUCGAAAUUUUACUGGAUAAAAUUUGUAGAACAUGUUUAUCAGAAAAAGAUCCAAUGGAGUUGAAAUCACUAUAUGAUAGCGCUUUAAAGAAAGAACUAUCUGAAAUUACGUCUAUAAAGGUAGAGGAAAAUGAUGGUCUACCUCCUGGAAUAUGUAAUGAUUGCUACUACACUUUAAACGUUUCGAUAAAUUUCAAAAAUCAAUGCCUAAAAUCUGAAUCACAUUUAAAAAGUAUUUUAUUUCCAGAACCAUCGAUUAUUUAUAAAACAAUUACUAUAUUAGAUAGUGGUCCAGAAAAUUCCAGAAUAGAGAUAUGUAAUGAUGAUGAAACCCUACCAAGAAUUAGUGAAAAUGCAAAAGUAGAAAAUACAGAAUUAGAUAAUUUUAAUAUUAUUCAGAAUAAUUCUGUAUAUAUUGAUAUUUAUUCUGAUAAAAAUUCGAAUAUUAUAUGUAAUAAUUCAGAUGAUGGAAAAUUAAAAAAUAUAAAAAAUCUUAGUAGUGUAAUAAAAUACAAUCCGAAAAUUUAUGCAAAGGAAAAUGCUUGUGUUCCAAAUUUUGAAUGCACAGAAUGUAAAAAGAAAUUUAAAUAUGAAAGUAUUUUUAAAUCACAUAUGAUUAGGCAUGGUAAAAAUUUAAAAUGUGAAAUUUGUCAACAGGAGUUUAAUGCAAUGAAAACUUACAAAUUCCACAUAAGAUCCAAACACCCAGAUUACCGUCCGUACAAAUGCAAACAUUGUAAAAAAGAUUUUAGUACUGCAUCUGCUUUAAUAAAACACACUCGUAUACAUGGUGGAGAAAAGAAGCACUUAUGUAACGUUUGUGGGAAACGAUUUUUUGAACAGAAUCACUUGUUGGUUCAUUCGAGAAUCCACACAGGUGAAAAACCACUUGGUUGCAAUACUUGUGGCAAAAAAUUCGCCAAUCGGCACGGUCUAAUAACUCACAACAAAAUUCAUACUGGUGAACGAAAAUAUCAGUGUAAUACUUGUGGACAGAGAUUUGCCCAUUCUUUCGUAUUAAAAGCCCAUAAACGAGUGCAUACAGGAGAGAAACCAUAUAAAUGCAAUAAUUGCAAUGCUUCAUUCGGUUCUUCAUCGUAUUUGAAAAUUCACCAAAGGAUACACAAUCAAGAAAAACCAUAUAACUGUGCUACUUGUCAUAAGGCUUUUGUUUGUAAAAGUAGCCUCGAUUCUCACAAAAAGACCCAUACAGGGGAAAAACUUUACCAAUGUUCGAUUUGUGGGAAGACAGCUGGAAGAUCUACUGACUUACAAAUUCAUAUGAGAAUACACACAGGUGAGAAACCUUACGGUUGCGACCAAUGCAGCAAACGUUACGUCACUUCCAGUAACCUGGCCGCUCAUAAACGUACGCAUUUGGGUACAAAGGAUUACAUUUGUUCAACAUGUGGGAAGGCGUUCGGGGAUUCCCGGACGCUGAAAUGCCAUUAUAGGAUCCAUACGGGAGAAAAACCAUAUGUUUGUACAAUUUGUGGUAAUAGUUAUACGCAAUCUGGUCAACUAUCAGUCCACAGGAGGAUACAUAAAAAUACUGAAAUUCAACAAGAGUAUAAUUAAAAUAUAUAACGUUCGUGUUUUUUUUUUAUUUUGCACUUCAUGUUAAACCGAUUUAUUUCUUUAAUGAGAUAUUUAUUGAAAAUGAUCUAGUUCUUGAAUAAGGUAAUAUGAAGUCUCCUGAAAUUGAAUCAUUGCUGAUUUUUCGUUCCACAGGUAAGUUAAUUAUUUUAUAGGUUAUGAUUGACGCCAUAGACGUAACAAAUUCAAAUUUAUUUUGAAAAUGUUAGAUUUAACUAUAAUUGUAGUUUUUAGUCGCAUAUUCGUGUUGUUUUGGGGGAAUCUUUAUCAUAGUACUUCUUCGAUUUAAUACGCCAGAGCUAAGGACAACUUUCAUAAAUUUGAACAAUCUUUUCUAGAAUUUAUUGAUUACUUUUUUGUUUAUCUGAAGAUUCUAAAGAGAUGGAACAAAAUAUCUAAUAGAGACGGCAACAUUUGCUUGAAUAAGCAUCGUACA